AUGUCGAACACUUUAGAUACCCCCCUUUUUGAUCUUAUCCAUGCUACGACGGACAUCUCGCAAUGGGAAUUGAAGGCACUAUUGAAGAAAGUUUACUCGGCUGUACCGAGACAUGGUAUUUCUCCAACUAUGAUAGCUCCCUUCAUUGAUUUUCUUUGUACUACUCAACUGAUUACAACUUCUACAAAAAUCUCAUUAAUUGAGCAAUAUUUAAUACCAAAUGGAUACUUAGGUAAGGAUGUAGUCGAGACAUUGUUUAAGCAUUUAGGUACGCCGACGAUAUAUACGCAACAAACGGAUAAAAUACCCUCAAAAUAUAUUCAAGUAGCACUAUGUAAAUGGUUGGUACAUGUGUUUUUUUUAUUACCAGAAUCACAGGAUGAUUCCUCACUUUCAACAUGGUUACAAAUAUGGCAAUUCGACUACCUUCAAGAAUGGAUAACGUUCAUAAUAGUUUGGAGUACUAGAACGCGUUUAGAUAUUAAACCUUGGAAAGUUAAUUUAUUGAUAAAAGUAGCUAAAAAUACUGGGUAUAGCAAUUCUAGGGCAACUGCUACUUUAAUUUUACGAAAAUAUCUAACUGUAUUGAAUCACUCUACAAAAAUAUCAGAUACUCUUGAUGAAAUAAAUUGUUCCGAAUCCGAUAUUAAAGAUUUACAGGACUUGCAUUGGAAUUUCGAUUUUAUAAAGACUUUAAAGAUUGUUCUCAGUAGAGAGUCAUCGUUUAAAUUUAAUAACUCAAUAGUAGAAGAUAAACUGGAGGUAUUAAUAUCUCUAUUGGGGACGUCCGAUAUAGAUUCUAGGAAAUUAAAUUUUCUUGGGACUAUGCCAAAUGACAAAUCAAUAUUAUCAGAAACCAAGACAAUUGUACAGUUAUACAAAAAUUGGAAUUAUUUAAAAUUGCCGAAAAAUGUGGAGCUUGUCAUAACGGAUCAACAUUAUUCAUUACCCCAGUUAUUCACAUUGGCACUCUCUCAUUUAGAAUUAUCACUAGAAAAUAAAGCAGUCGAGGAGUUUUGGAUACGAAUGUAUAGCUAUUUAAAGAUACAUUUGGGGAGAUGUUUCCAUGAGAAACAAUUAACCAUAAAGGAGAGAAUGACGUUAUUUGAUAAAAUAAUUCAUUGUUGUAUCAUUUACAGUAGAUUUAUUCCAGACAUAAUAAACGAUUUUCUAACGCUACCUAACUUGUUCGCUAGCAAAGAUCUUUUUAUCAUAAUUUGCAUUAGAUUGUUACCCAUAAUGCCACCACCUGAAAACUAUUCGAAAUUUAAAAAUAAAAUAUUGAAGGUUCUCGCAAUUUGUCUUCUUACAAAACAAAAAUUAGAUUCAAAGAGUGAUAAGGGUUCAUCGUAUAAAUCUACUUUCGGGAGCAUAUGUUACUCAAUAGUACAUAUGGUGCAAAAUUGGUUAUUGCAUACAGAAGAUGAUACAGUGAUGUUAUAUAGUUUAGAUCUUCUGGGUGAUAUAAGGAAACUUCUUCUAUCAAACAUGACGAAUUCUCUUCCAGAUAGAAAUAUCACAUUACCUACAGUCUUAUUGCUAGACGUUCAGUCUUCUUUUAUUGAGUAUUACCAGAAUAUCCGUAAACCAGAUGAACGAACCGUUACUGUAAUAGAUAAGGUCAUUUUAAAAAAUAAUGUAAUGGAUAAGCUAUUGACACUGGAUGAUCCAUUGUUAUUAAACCACUGUUGUUCUUAUUUUAUCAUUGCAAAUAAAUUUAUAAAAGACAGUCCAGCCCCCAACAUUUAUGUUCAGUUAUACAACCAAUAUAUUAUGGAUUUAACUAAUUAUUUAUGGAGAAGUAGAGUUGCUGAUUCAAAAAAGCUUUUUGGUAUUCCAACUGAAUUCAUAAAGAGUAUUCAUGAAAACCUUGUAGGUGGUAGAAAUGCAGAACUAAAACUAAAAUAUAUGUUUAGUGUAAGAGGUAUUCCCGCAAUUACUUCAGUAAUAUCGUUUAUAUUGAGGAGAAUUGAACAAAGAAAACAUUGUACGGUACAAUAUUUGUAUCCAAUAACAGAAGAUGGUUUUCGUAGGUUUCAAAAAGAACUGUCUAUUGAAGAUAACAGUACUAAUUCGUGGAUUCCGAAUGUCAAGACGUUUAAUGAUUUAAACAUUUUACUAUUGGAGGAGCUUUCGAGUAUGAAACAAUACUAUUUUGUAGUCCGUUUCUUAACAAUUUAUAUGAAGAGUUUAUCCCAUGUCCAGCUGUUGCAAUGA